CUCCACCAACCAAUCGACUGUCACUAGCCAUCAAUGAUGCCCUGAUGUGACUCGCAUCUCAGUAUAAAAAGUUGAGCUACACCCUUCAAACCACUUCAGUCAUCCCACAGAUAGUCCUUGGAAAACAAGCCUCUUGGGAACAGAAGCACAGAGCACAGCGGUACACAUUCUCUCAUCUCUCCCUCCAUGCCUAUCUCUGAUCUCAGGAUGUGGACUCUACUGCUUGGGGUCAUUUUGGGACUUCUGGCACCUGUUCAGUCCGACCCUGUUCCUGCCUCGACAGAACUUCCUGCUCUGGCUGCUGGGGAUUUUCUUGGGGUAACUUUCAAGUUCUUCAAGAAGCUUGUAGUGGGUCCCCCGGAUGCCACCAAUGGAACAUCCAGCAGUGAUGAAACACUGGACCUAGAUCAUCUGGUGACCCCUGACCCUGUGACAUCUGACCCGGAAGACCAGCUGCCCACCUUUGACCCAGAGGAGGGCAGCACAGAUGAGACAGAGGGCAGCACUACAGAGGGCAGUAUGAAACACCCCACUUCGGGACAAGACGAUGAAGGGGAGCUGUUUGAAGCCAACUUUAAACCUAACUUUAACCUCCGCUCCAGUCCAACUCCUCGCCCCAGUCCAACUCCUCGCCCCAGUCAAAGCAACACAGAGGACAAUUAUGAAAAGUACGACUAUGAUUCCAGUCCAAGUGAGAGACCUGAUUCAUCAGAGGAAGAUGAAGUGAUCCUGGAUACCGAAAGCCCCACAGCAGAGUUUGUCCCCACAGCAGAGUUUGUCCCCACAGAAGAGUUUGUCCCCACAGUAGAGUUUGUCCCCACAGCAGAGUUUGUCCCCACAGCAGAGUUUGUCCCCAUAGCAGAGUUUGUCCCCACAGCAGAGUUUGUCCCCACAGAAGAGUUUGUCCCCACAGUAGAGUUUGUCCCCACAGUAGAGUUUGUCCCCACUGCAGAGUUUGUCCCCACAGCAGAGUUUGUCCCCACAGCAGAGUUUAACCCCACCACUGAUUUUCCGAUGGAUUUGGAAGAUGUUAACGCAAUCCUUGACCCUAACCCCAGCCCCAGUCCUCAUCCAACUCAUGAUGCUAGCACCACAACAGAGAAAGAGGAGUUGGAGGACGAUAUAUUCAGACCAAACUUUGUCCCCAGCCCUAGUCGUGUACCGGAUCCCAGCCCCAGCCAUAGUCCCAUCUCAGAGUUUGAAGAAGAAGACCUGUUACCUCUUAGCCUUGAUCCAAGCUUUAGUACCACCUCCAGACCAAGCCAAAGUUCAGGGACCAGCCAUACACCUCGUUCUAACCUAACCAGUAUGACAGGCUUGGAGGAAGCCGUGGCUGCAAAGAUGAAUACAGAGCUGGCCUUCACCUCAACCACCAGUUCUGCCGCACCUACAACAGUCAGGAUGAAUUCAGACAUCGAAGGGUCAGGGUCGGGAUUCCUGCCUCAGAGUAGCACCACAGUAGCAGCCCCUGCUGGUGAGGAGGACCAAACAUACAACUCCCUAGUCGAUAAGCCAUUCAUUGAAACAGAGACAAGAAUUCAAGGCACCAAUAGGCUUGCUCUACCAAGGGAGGAACCGGCAGUGGAUACCUCUACAGUUCUUCAUGAUGCAGCUGCUGUAAAACCAACCCCAUCCAGACAACAUGAUUCAUAUACAUCAGGUUGGUUGAUCAUCGUUGCCUUCGUCGCGGGCGUGGCGGUCUUGGUCGUAAUCUGUGUUGCCAUAGGUACCAGAGACAGGUGGAAUGCACCGGCCCAGGCAUCUGAGAAGAAGGGCUCAGGAGAUGAGAAGGCGGAGCGGGAAAUGGAGAGGUUUCUGUCUAAAGAGAGGCCGAGGGAAAACGUCCACGCUGGAGAGUACACUGUUAUACUUCUGGAGGACCUCCCAGAGAAAGAGCCGCUGCACUGAGACGGGCCGAGGAGAUGCAGAACGGGGACAAAAUAGGAACAACUGACACCUGAGAAAUAGAAUGGAACGGGUCUCCCCAUUCUAGUCAUUUUUGGCAUAAUAGGUGGCAUACUGGGUGGCAUAAUGGGUGCCAUUAUGGGUGACAUAAUGGGUGGCAUAAUGGGUGGCAUUAUGGGUGGCAUAAUGGGUGGCAUUAUGGGUGGCAUAAUGGGUGGACCCCCCCAUUCUUGACACACACGGGAAACUGUUGAGUGUGAAAAACCCAGCAGCGUUGUAGUUCUUGACACAAACGGGUGCACCUGGCACCUACCCCGUUCAAAGGCACUUAAAUCUUUUGUCUUGCCCAUUCACCCUCUGAAUGGCACACAUACACAAUCCAUGUCUCAAUUGUCUCAAAGCACAAUCCAGUCUCCUCCCCUUCUUCUACACUGAUUGAAGUGAAUUUAACAAGUGACAUCAAUAAGGGAUCAUGGCUUUCACCUGGAUUCACCUUGUCAGUCUAUGUCAUGGAAAGAUUUCUCACAGCAGGAAAAUAAUCCUGCAGCAACUGGAAAUGUGAAUUAAUGUGUGGAUUAUAAUUAAUGGACAUUUUUGUAGGGGUUGAUAAUGCAUUUUUGUAGUUACAGCAAAUCAAGUGUGACAUUUUUAAGUGGAAAUUACAAACUUUAGAACUCUUUUUAAACGUUGAAUAACUACAAGUUUGCACCGGGUGAUCAAAUGAAGACCCUACAUCUGUAGCUAGUGAUAGCAGAUUCUAUGACUAUGAAUGGAGACGUUCUAGUGGGGGACACGUCUGUGGCGUGUGAGUUUGAACUGUCCCUUUGACCUUUGCUAUCCCAGAUAAGUCAGGUUGAUAAACACCUGUACUGAUGGGCAAUGGAUAAACACCUUGCUAUAUCUCUGUUGACAUUAUGUAUAUUAUCAAAGUUGCAAACACUGUCAGAACCAUAGAAAGAAAAAGAAAAGAAAAACAAGGUCAUACUGAAUUUCUAAUUCUCACUCACUGACCAGUGUUGUUGUUGUUAUUGUUGUUGUUCUUGUUGUUGUUAUUGUUAUUGUUUCGAUAUUGCACUAUUUUUUUUAUCAACAAAUCUUAUUUGUGUACAUGUUUUUGAUCAUCCUGUAAAAGAAAAUACAGAACCCAUACAGAAUAUAAAUGAAUGUCUUUCUAGAUGUUUCAUAGUGACACGUACACUCAGGGACUCACAUAAGUGCUACACAGCCAGAAUAAGUCAAGUAUAGUAGAAAGUCUUAAUACCCACCUACUUAGAGCCCAGCUUUUCACUACAUUUCCACUGGGUGUAAAAUCCUGCUGACUUGUGGCAUUACGUAUUGUUCAGAUGAAUGGCGGUAUGUGAGUUAUAGUAAGUAUAAUAUACUUUAUACUUCAUAUGUAUUCGUUUUAAACACUCAGUGUUCUUCUAGUGUUAGACAGUUGUAUGAUUCUCAGUGCAUAGCUACUGCUGUAGUAUAAUGGAUGCAUUUUUAAACCAUUACAACACUUCAUUAGUCAGCUACACUAAAUGGUUACCAAAUGUAGUUUCUCCCUUCUAUUUCCACGUCUGUUCAUAUAAAGUAUACUUCAGAUCAUUUUAAACUAUGAACUGACUACAACUACUGGGGUUUAAAUACAACAACUACUACCAUGCUUUGCUACUCUGGGACCAUAAGUCAUGAAAGACACAAUCAGUUUUUCAUUUUUCAUUUCAACAUUUAUUGGUUUCCAUAAUUAUAUGUACACAAGAAGUAGUAAAACACUUUACCACACUUUUAGUCCAUUUGUCUGACAGAGAAAAUUAUAUUUUUACAUUUUAGACAAAUUAAAUUCAUACGUUCUUUAGUUCACUCAUACACAGUCAACAUCAGACAGAUUCUAGAAUCACACAUUCACACAGUCAACAUUAGACAGAUUCUAGAAUCACACAUUCACACAGUCAACAUCAGACAGAUUCUAGAAUCACACAUUCACACAGUCAACAUCAGACAGAUUCUAGAAUCACACAUUCACACAGUCAACAUCAGACAGAUUCUAGAAUCACACAUUCACACAGUCAACAUCAGACAGAUUCUAGAAUCACACAUUCACACAGUCAACAUCAGACAGAUUCUAGAAUCACACAUUCACACAGUCAACAUCAGACAGAUUCUAGAAUCACACAUUCACACAGUCAACAUCAGACAGAUUCUAGAAUCACACAUUCACACAGUCAACAUCAGACAGAUUCUAGAAUCACACAUUCACACAGUCAACAUCAGACAGAUUCUAGAAUCACACAUUCACACAGUCAACAUCAGAAAGAUUCUAGAACCACACAUUCAAACAGUCAACAUUAGACAGAUUCUAAAAUCACACAUUCACACAGUCAGCAUCAGACAGAUUCUAGAAUCACACAUUCACACAGUCAACAUUAGACAGAUUCUAGAAUCACACAUUCACACAGUCAACAUUAGACAGAUUCUAGAAUCACACAUUCACACAGUCAACAUCAGACAGAUUCUAGAACCACACAUUCACACAGUCAACAUCAGACAGAUUAUAGAAUCACACAUUCACACAGUCAACAUCAGACAGAUUCUAGAAUCACACAUUCACACAGUCAACAUCAGACAGAUUCUAGAAUCACACAUUCACACAGUCAACAUCAGACAGAUUCUAGAAUCACACAUUCACACAGUCAACAUCAGACAGAUUCUAGAAUCACACAUUCACACAGUCAACAUCAGACAGAUUCUAGAAUCACACAUUCACACAGUCAACAUCAGACAGAUUACAAUGAGGAAAAAUGUUCCAACACGUUCUUGGACCCAUAUGUGCAUUGAAUCAAAAUCAAGGAUAGAAAAUAGACAGAAGAAGAAUGGUCUAAAUGUACAUUUAAACAGGUAUUCAUAGAAAAAUAAAAACAUUUAAAGUGAAUUUAUGAAGCACUGAUAUUUGACAGUGUUAAGCUAUGUCUGGACAAGACUCAAGAGCAUUUUGCAUAGGUGCAUAGGUUGCCUGAAUUUCUUUUGCCUGAACCUGAUAUUCAGCUAACGUACAUACAUACAGUAGCUGCCAGCACCAAAGCUCUUUUGAUGCCUGCCCCUGUUGUCUUGAUAACCUGAUAUUCAGCUAACGUACAUACAUACAGUAGCUGCCAGGACCAAAGCUCUUUUGAUGCCUGCCCCUGUCGUCUUGAUUCCACUCUGAGAAAGCUACACCCUUAAUUGGACUUUUCCCUCUUAUCUUGUCAACCUAAUAACAAAAGUAACAACGAUACUGUAAAACAAACAA